AUGUUUAACAUAGCACACGAUCCCAGGUACCUGCAACGCGCCCUUCCGAUAUCCAUAUUCGCACCGCAUUCGCUGCCACCGCAAGUGCAGGCUCGACCAAGACCAACGACUUACCUGAAAAAAAAUCUACCUACUGGUACCGGCAGAAGCAUCAAUACACUCACCAUGACUUCGACCAUCAAUUUAGCGGAACCGACACCGGAAGACCUGCAGGGAACGUCUGAACUUCAGAACAUGCCGGAGGCAGUGGCGGAUAAGUUGGGCGGAACGGUCUAUCCAUACGGUUCGUACCGGUUGGGGGCUUACGACAAGAACGCGGACAUUGACGCCCUUUGCGUUGCUCCACGUAACGUCGAGCGGAAGGACUAUUUCGAAUCGUUCUUCGAACUGCUCAAAAGGCAAUCGGAAGUGACUGGGUGCCUAGCCGUGCAAAACGCUGCUGUACCAAUAAUCAAGAUGAACUUCGACGGAAUCGAAAUCGAUCUGUCGUUCGCUCAACUAAACCUUGAUGAAAUCCCUGACAAUAUUGAGUUAUGCGACGAUAUGCUGCUGAAAAAGUUGGAUUGCAAAUCGUGGGACAGCUUGAACGGGGUUCGACAGACGGAGGAGAUUAUUCGCUUGGUUCCCAAUAUAGAUAGUUUCCGUUUGGCACUGCGUGUCAUCAAACUGUGGGCUAAAAGUCGUGGAAUCUAUUCCAGGUUAUUGGGUUACCUCGGCGGUAUAUCGUGGACUAUAAUGGUUGCCAGAACCUGUCAACUGUAUCCAAAUGCGACCGCCGCCACUCUGGUGCAUAAUUUUUUUCUGGUAUUCUCUGGCUGGGACUGGCCCCAGCCAGUAACGUUAAAACAGGUUGAUAACGUCGGCUAUGACAAACAGAGUUAUUUGAUGCCAAUCAUUACGCCCCUCUAUCCACACGAAAACACUGGACAUGACGUUUCCGUCUGGACACGACAGGUAAUAAUCGAAGAAUUACACCGAGGUAAGCAGGUAACAGACGAAAUCAUGCUCACCAAGGCGGCUGGUUGGGAUAAACUAUUCGCAGCGCUAAGUUUUUUCUCCAAAUAUCGCAACUUCCUUGUGCUCUUGGCAUCAUCCAACAACGCAGCUGAUCACCUGGUUUGGUGUCCCAUGGUCGAGUGGAGGAUUGAUGCUCUGAUUUGGCGUAUUUGGCGCGAAGGAGGCACGAAUUUUGCCCGCGUAUUCCCUAAACGUUUCGAAAUGCUCACUACGAAAAGCACCAAGUUAUGUUCUUUAUGGUUCAUCGGAUUGGAAUGCGACAGGUCGGAAAUUUCGAAUGAUGGCUUGAAAGCGGCCAUUGCAAAUUUUCUCCAUGCCGUACCCGCACGUACUAGGAGCUUAAGGCGUUUUAAGACUGGUAUGAACAUCGAUGUUCGUCACGUUGGACAGGAGCAAUUGAGUGAAUAUUUACAGCCGAACCAGCUGAUGCGGGAAACUUCACCGGACGUAAAUAGUGAAAGUACGACUAGGAAGCGCCUCCCGUCAGAUGCAGAGCAAACGGAAACAGCAGUGCAAAGCAAAAAAGUAAGGACGGAUUCCGAGACUCCAACCACGUCCAGCGAGUUGCCACCGAAUCCCAUUACCAGUACCCUAACAGAAACUAGCAGCAUUACUUAUAAUGAUAAGUAA